AUAUGAAUUCUACCGUCAUGAUACCCAGUCGUUUGCUUGACAUGAAUAUGGACGAUCACGAAAAAACGAACUCUGAGGACAGCAAUGAAAAUCGUGUGGUAGUCAAAGACAAUAGCAACGUGGAAAACCGGGACCUAUAUACCUAUUUCAGUUUGCUCAAGACCAUUAAGAAAGACCUUAUCCGAGGAGCGUCUGUAACCGACGAGGAUUCUGAAAGCUCUGAAGAAGAGGACGCUCCGAAUGCCAAAGCAACACAGUCUGCCAUUCUAUUUCGGGAACAUCUGGGAGGAUUGUGCAAUGUUCUGCAUCAGCUAACAGAAGUUGCCCAAUUCCUGACCACAAAGUACCAACAAGAGACCGGAGAUUUCCAAACAUGUCCAAGACCAAAACCAUUUACAAUGUAAACGACUCUGGGAGAACAAUAAUAACCUCACUCCCAAAAUUGUUACAAGCAAAAAAUUUAAAUCUCGUAAGCGUGGUACUUCCAAAGAGUACCUAAUGUUUGAACAGCAGUGCGGUAUACUGUGACUGGUGUGAACAAUAAGCGAUGUUUCUAAUCAUUUUCGUACUGUACCGCCAUGAUUUAUUCUACUACAGUGCCUAUGAUAUUCCAUAGUCAGACUAACCAUGGACGUACUAACAACCAAUACACAAGGUUUCAGUUGAAUUACUGUGUGUAGAACUUAUAAUUAUUACCAGCUUCAUUAGGGAAACCACGCACGAGUAAACUGGCCUUGACUAUCGUUAUGGUUAGUUGAAAUUUACUUGAAGGCAAAAUCAUUGGAAUGCCACUCCCACAAAGGCCUUUAUUUCGUCAUCCUAGUCUUUUGUUACAAUGAGAGUACCUUAUUUUUGUUUACCCGAGAUUUGUUGGUGCAUGUUGUUGCCAUGACUGUAUAUUUAAAAAAAAAAAAAAAAACUCCCUGUAUGUGGUUGAGUAUUAAUGAUUUGUGACGAAAGGGCGAAUCUCGGGAAAUAACAUUCCAUUUUAUGACGAAACAAUUGUAUCAUCGCACAAGUAAUUAUUUGAAUGGUAUUUUCUCAUCCGGUACACUGGCACGGGUAGAUUUAGCACUCGACUUGUUCCCAGUGUCCGGGUUUACAAGGUCGCACUGCGCGCACACUUGCCUUUUUGAAAUACUCAAGAUUUAUCUAGUUGUUAUCAAGGCAGAAAUUGUUGGCGAUUAUUUUGGAAUCACACAGUUGUGUAAUAUUUGAGAUAUUUGUAUAUUGUACGCAAAUCGUCAAAUUUGAUAUAGUUUACACUGCCUCUCGCUCUUAAAUGGGGGAAAAGAGUGAUACAAUCACCAACACUAAUGAUUUAAAUUAAUUGUGUGAAUAAUUAUAUCUGCCUACUACAAAGUAACUAAUUUAAGGGUUUCUCCAUUCAAAAUCUGUGCGAGUUGGAGCUCCCCGAAUCUUUUUUUGUUAUAUAUAUUGUUUAUUCACUCCCACCAUUUCUCUGUCAGCUGUCUAUUUUUGUUUGGUUCCACAAACUACACAAUCUUCCACCCCUUCCCACCCGAAGUAUUCAAAUAGGGUGAUCCUUAGAUGCAUUGAACUUGUACUGAAAUCAUGACCCAUUCAUGGUAGUCAAUAAUAGUGACGAUGUUGGCAUGUUAAUUUAAUCAAAACCUAUUGUUCAUCAACUUGUAGUUUUGUGAUAGUUUCCUCAAACUACUUCUAUGCAGGGAAUUGUUUGUAUUGACCGACUCCGAAUUAUUUUUCGUGAUUAUAUGGCAAUUGCUUCAUACCCUAUGGCCUCUGGUGAUGAAUGACUACACCAGACCACCGACCAUUUUUUAUAAACCCGACCCGGCGUUUUGUUUAGUUAUUUCGUUUUGUAUUUUUGUUAACUCUCUAUUUCUGUAUCCAGUUUAAAAAUGCCUCGAAAUUGUUCAACUCUACCCUUGUACUCAGUGCUAUAAAAAGCCAAUGCAUCUCCUUGAAUAUGUUGCUUGAUUUUCAAUCAAAACCUAAUUGAAUUUACUUUUAUUUGUAUUUGCUAUAUACGGAUGUUUGUUGUUUUCAGAGGAUCGAAGAAUUGUCGUUGAAACGUGCUCAGAACUUGUAUAUACAGAGUUAUUUUUCUAAGGAAAGAAAACAAUGACUAUUAAAAGCUAUUUCUAUGAAUUAA